AUGGCGCCCAAGCUUACAUCUGAGAGUGCGGGAGGAACGACCCACUAUACCGACUUGAGCAGUGUCCUGCCGCAACGAACGCAACCAUGGUGGAAAAACUCACAUCUCGUCAAGCUCAACCUUUUGCUCACGGUUCCCAUGAUGACGGGAUACCUGAUCGGAUUCGACUCGAGCAUGAUGAACGGGUUGCAAUCUGUCCCAGUUUGGAUCUCUGACUUUGACAACCCUACCGGGGCUCGCCUCGGCGUCCUCAACACCAUGCAGAUUAUUGGCGCAGUUGUGUGCUUGCCAAUUGUCCCUACUUCGCUGAUCGCUUUGGUCGCCGGCUUCCUGUGUUUGUUGGCUCGUGUUUGCCCUUUUGGGAACAGCUCUGCAGACGGCCGCUUUUUCGUGGGCUUUGGCACCGGAAUGGUUGGAGUCGCCUCCAACCCGCUCAUGGCAGAGCUUUCAUAUCCUACGCAUCGACCGUUCAUCACUUCAUUUGCAUCCACAACCUGGUUCCUCGGAGCAAUUGUUGCAGCCUGGAGCACCUACGACACUUUCAAAAUGAGCAACAGCUGGAGCUGGAAGAUUCCUUCGCUACUGCAGUGUAUCCCUUCACUCUACCAGCUGUGCUUCAUUUACUUUGUGCCGGAAUCACCUCGAUGGCUGGUCAGCCACGGAAAGCUAGAAGAAGCCCGAACGGUUUUGAACAGAUACCAUGCUGGUGAGAAUACGGACGCAGACGUUUCGCCACUUGUGCGAUAUGAAAUGGCAGAGAUUGAAGCAGCCAUUGAGCUUGAGAAGCUCCAAAACACAAAGUCGUACCUCGACUUUUUCUCAACCAAGGGAAACCGCUGGCGUCUUGCUAUUGCCAUCAUCCUUGGUCUCUCUGCUCAGUGGUCCGGUAACGGUCUCAUCUCCUACUAUCUCGUGAUCGUCCUCAGAAGCAUCGGCAUUGAGGAUCCCGAGCGCCAGAACUUGAUUAAUAGCGGUCUCACUAUCUUUUGCUACGAUCGCUACUUUUAA